AUGGAAACAUCGACACAUCCUAAGUUUAUAAAUUCAGAGCGACUAGUUUUUGCUGAGACACAGAUACUUUAUUUUGCUACUGGUAAAGCCAAGUGGUUGUUCCGUGAUGGUCUUCUGCCCCCUCGAACUUACUUUGUUGGGUUUGCACGAUCUGAUAUUGGUACCCAGGACAUAAGAGCAGGAAGUGAAAAAUUUGCCAAGCUCUCAUCAUCUCCAUGUCAAAAAUAUGAAGAAUUUUGGAACUGUAAUUUUUACUUGAGAGGAGAUUAUACGAAUCCAAAAACAUUUGAAUUACUAAAUAAGUUUAUAGAGUCCAAGUGGGAACAAUCUGUUAAUCGCAUAUUUUAUUAUGCUAUACCACCAUCAGUUUAUAAACCUGUUUCAUCAUCUAUCAAAGAAUAUUGUACUAACAAAAACCCUGAUACGUGGACUCGAUUGAUCAUUGAAAAACCGUUUGGACGAGAUUUAGAGUCAUUUAAUGAAUUGAAUUCUGAAUUAACUAAACUGUUUACAGAAGAACAGAUUUAUCGAAUCGACCAUUAUUUGGGCAAAGAGAUGGUUCAAAAUCUACUAAUUUUACGAUUCUGUAAUCAGGUCUUCAGUCCACUGUGGAAUCGUGAAAAUAUUGACAAUAUUACAAUAUCAUUUAAAGAACCAUUCGGAACCGAAGGACGUGGUGGGUAUUUUGAUCAAUUCGGAAUUAUUCGUGAUGUUGUUCAGAAUCAUCUUAUUCAAAUUCUUUCGUUGGUAGCAAUGGAAAAACCUAUUUCAGUUAAUGCAGAUGAUAUACGUGAUGAGAAGGUUCGUGUGCUUCGAAGCAUUGAACCUCUAACAAUAGACGACAUUGUAAUUGGACAAUACGUUGCAGAUCCGAAUGCAACAAGUCCACCUGCUUCGUUGUCUUACACGGAUGAUCCAUCAGUUCCUAAAGAUUCCAUAACACCUACUUAUGUAUGUGCUGUGUUAUAUGUGAGAAAUGAUCGUUGGAAGGGUGUUCCAUUCAUUCUCCGGGCAGGGAAAGCACUAAAUGAACGUAAAGCAGAAGUCAGAGUUCAGUUUAAAGAACCUCAUAUUCAUCUUUUCGGUUCAAAAGAAGGUCUACCACGUAAUGAAUUAGUUAUACGUGUACAACCGGACGAAGCAGUUUAUAUUAAAUUGAAUGUGAAAUCUCCUGGUAUGAAAUUUCAAACAGAAGAAACUGAAUUAGACUUAACUUAUGCUCAGCGAUAUAAAGCCAUCAAACUACCCGACGCUUACGAACGAUUGAUUCUCGAUGUAUUCUGUGGAGUUCAGACAAAUUUUGUACGUUCUGAUGAACUACGCGAAGCUUGGCGUAUUUUAACACCUGUAUUAAAAUACUUGGAAGAGAAUAAAAUCACUCCAUAUCCAUACAUUUAUGGGAGUCGUAAUGGCCCGAAAGAAGCAGAUAUUUUGUGUAAAAAAGCAGGUUUUCAAUACUCUGGUACAUAUGAGGUCGUAGUUCUACAACAUUCAAGUUGUAGUCGUUUCCUAAAAACCUGUCUUUUGUUGUGUCGAAAUUAUGCCGAAAGUAUUCAGACCAUCGAUAAAACAAAUCAAGACACAUAUAAAAACGUACGUUUUUAUUAUUACGAAAGCAAGGCUUUUAAUAGAAAUGAAGUUGAAACUCAAGAAAUCAGACCUAAUCAGGUGUCCGACUCCAAUCCGUCUAAGGAGUCAUCACCCUGCAUUAUUACAAGUGAACCAAGGCCAAGUUCACCACUUCCUUCACAGAAUACGUGUGAAACUCCUAAAACAGCUACUCAGAGAUUGAUCAACCCUGACCUAGAUGUCCAUGUUAAUCCUGAAAGGCCUCAACAAGUAUCCAAGGAAAUAGAAAACCUAUUUGUUUCUAAAAAACCUCGCAAAACUAAAGUCAAGACAACGGAAGUACUACCUCCUGUAGGUCAACCUCUUGAUCGAGCUUCUGUCACUCUUCGCUCCUUACUGCAUUGGGUCCCUAUAAACAAACCACCUCCGACUGAAGAAACUGGCAUACUCAGUGUUGACUAUAGGAGUUUCCGACCUCCUCGUGAUGGCCAUGGAAGGAAAUGGACAGAGCGUGAGACUACACGAUUCUACAGAGCAUUGAGUACUAUUGGGACUGAUUUUUACGUGAUGGAGAAAAUGUUCCCUCGCCGGAAGCGGUCAGAACUUGUUAGUAAAUUUAAACGAGAAGAAAAACGCAACCCUUAUCUGGUCAACCAAGCAUUACGAAACCGUCGUACUUACGAUCUUAUUAAUCUGUUCCCGUCAAGUGAUGAAGAAGAAAAUGCGAGACCCGAUAAAUCUUCAAAAAGUAGUAAGAAAAAAUCUAGAUGUGAUCAAGACUCAAUCGAAUGUAACGAACAGUCAUGUAAUCAAAAUCUUGAUGCAACAAGUAAACCAAAAUCGCGAAGAAAAAGCCUGCUUCGUAGAGAUCCAGAUUUUGAGCGUCACCUUUCAGAAACAAUCGACUGUGUUUUAUCUCAAUUUACGAAUUCCGAUGCCGGCAACAGCAAGUGCCAGUUGACUCAACAUACUGGUAGUGACCAGCAGUGUAAACAAACUACUAAUCACCGGUAUGAGUUUAGGCAUUCCUCGCGCAGUAUCCCAUCUUUACAACAAAUGAUUUCAGUAAAGGAAGCAGAGCUUGCCGCGUCUGAAAAAGAUAACCUUGAGACUGCUAUGGAUUCUCCUCAAAUUUCUACAACUUCAGAAAGCAACCUGUAG